AUGGACUCGAAAGAGAGUGAAAACAUAGCAGUUACUAAUGCAAAGGCCGCAGCAAAAGGAAAGGCUGCAGAAGGUACUCCUACUGUUGUGGUCGCCACGAAAACCGAAAUACAGACUAGAAGAGGAUCCAAGAAAGGUCUCGCAAUCGUAGACUUAGUCCUGAGGCUUGGUGCCAGUGCAGCUGCUUUUGCUGCUGCUUAUACUACAGGCAAUUCUGACCAGAUUCUUCCCUUCUUCACACAGUUCCUCCAGUUCCAUGCUCAAUACACUGACCUCCCAACUUUCACGUUCUUUGUGGUUGCAAAUGCAGUAGCUGUUGGAUAUAUAGGCCUCUCCAUGCCCUUCUCUAUUGUAUGCAUCAUUCGACCACGAGCAAUAGGGCCAAGGCUUGUACUGGUUAUCUUUGACACGGUGAUGAUUGCUCUACUGAUAUCUGCUGCCGGAGCUUCUUCUACGAUUGUCUACUUGGCUCAUAACGGCAAUUUGGACUCCAACUGGCUUGCUAUUUGCAUGCAAUAUAGUAACUUUUGCCAGACACUUAGUGGGGCUGUUGUGGCUUCCUUCGUCGCUGCGGUCUUUUUCAUGAUGCUGGUUGUGAAUUCUACGUUUACUCUAAAAAAGUAA